UCAGCACACACACAACAGACAAUCACCGUCGUCCACAAUCGGAGGAAAAUGGCGCGCGACAAAGACCAGCCACCAGCGGUACGCGUCUAUACGGUUUGCGACGAAUCCAAGUAUUUAAUCGUGAGGAAUGUUCCUGCAUUAGGUUGUGGUGAUGAAUUACGGAAAUUGUUCGAAGGAUAUGGUGAAAUUGACGAAUUCAUACCAUUGGACGACGAAGAUUGCGAGCCAUUUACUGAUGUUUACUGGAUUAAGUUUCAUCAGGUCAACAAUGCUAGAUUUGCAAAAAGGAAGCUGGAUGAAUCAGUUUUUAUUGGAAAUCGGAUUCAAGUCUCAUAUGCACCUCAAUAUGAGAACCUUAGUGACACAAAAGAGAAGUUGGAAGGUAGAAGAAAAGAAGUUCUAGCUAGACUUAAUCCUGGAAGAUCCAAGGGUUCUAGUGUUAUGAAUAUGAGUGCAGCUUCUUCUAGUCAACCUAAAUUGAGUACAACUCAAUCUCAUAUUAAUUUCAUAUCACAGCCAUUAAAUAUCCAACACAGGGACCCACUGGAGCCACAGGCUCAACAUACUGUUCACAGUCAAACUCUUCCCUCAACAGUUUCGUCUAAUCAGGAUUAUUUUCCAUUAGAAUCGAUGAAUCAGACAGUUCGAUUGGUCAGGGAAAAACUUAACAAGAUUGAAUCGGAUACGGAGACUUUAAAAGCCGGGUCUUCUAAGAAACCACGAAUUGACAAUAGAAGAAGAAUCUGAUAGCCAUUAGCUCUUUUCAUCAAAUUCUUAUGAGGAGGGCAUUCACGUCUUUUUGCACAUACAUGAGAUUGAGAGCGACCUUUUUGGAUGGGACAAAAAUCAAAAAUUGCAAAUUAUGUCGGUUGACAUCAAUAUGAGUUGUAGUCCAAUACAUGUCAAACACAGUACAACACUACGACCUGUUGUGUCAUAUCUUCUCAUGCAUAACAGAUGAGGCUUAAUUGUUGUGUCCUAUUGUGAACAUGGUUCAAGGGUGGGACUUAAGAAAAAAAAAUUGAAAUUUGUGUACUUAUAUGAAAUUGGGGUUUGGUUACUAAUGAAUUGUGAUUAUAACCUAAUGGCAAGGUCAAAUAGUUGUAAGAUUUUGGUUAAAUGGGAUGUCAUGCAUCAAGG